CACUAUAAUUUUCUUGAUACUCCCUCCUAGGGGUGGGCAAUCGGGUCCAAGAACCGCGAGUUGGAAUCGGACUGGUAGGUUCGGUCCGGGUUAGGGUCAGGUCCUCUUUUCAAAAAUUUCAAACGGUCCGGGUCGGUUCGGUCCUUAUAGAUUUUAGGAAAAAUGGAAAAAGCAGCAGGAUCUUCAUCAUCAUCAGCUAACUCGUCGCGAUCCUCGUCGGCGACAUCAUCUCCGACCAAGGAGAAGAAGCCGCCGCAGGUGCAUGUUCUUGCUGUGGAUGACUGUGCAUCAGAUCGGAAGCUGAUUGAGAGGAUUUUUCAAGCCUCUUAUUGUCAAGUGACGACUGCAGAUUGUGGACACAAGGCACUCGAAUUGCUCGCCACUUUGGCACCGAAGGUGGACUUAAUCGUAACGGACUAUAGCAUGCCGGGGAUGACUGGCUACGAACUGCUUAAACUUGUCAAGGCAUCGCCAUCCACGAAACACAUUCCUGUAGUGAUACUGUCAUCAGACAAUCUCCCCGCACGAAUCAAUGAGUGCAAGGAAAGAGGAGCUCAAGAUUUCUUGAUCAAGCCAUUCAAGAUCUCAGAUGUUAAGAAAAUCAUGCCCAAUACCUCAAAUACCAAAAUCCGUUCCCGACGUUCUUGGAAGUCCGCUCGGCCCUCCUCCUGGUCGAACAACAGCAGGCUGAAGCCCUCCCCAGCGCCGGCCCGUCAACCGCCCUCCUCAGCUUCAACGGCGGCGGCAGUUCCUCGACGGGCGGCAGUCAGUCACGGCAGGGCAGCAACUCUGGACGAGGCAGUUUUGGCGGCACAAAUCGGGGAAACUCUGGCGGCUAUCGAGGGCGUGGCCGUGGACGUGGACGUGGCGGCCCGAAUCAGCGACAACCCGGCCCAAAUACCUGGCAGUUCCCCACCCCCUCACUCGGCCUUCUAGGCCCACGACCCUACUCCCCUACCCGGCCCAGGCCCAUGUGGCCCACUACCCGCACCCAGCCCAAUACCCUACCCCGCCACAUACCCAGUACCAAACACCCAACCCGUACUACCCAACCCAGUACCCAAACCCGAACCCCCUUCCCCCACCCCC